CACGAUCAUUGAUGUCAAUAAAUUGGAAUUUUAGACUUUUCAUUCUUGAAUUUGUUGUGAAGAGGAGGGAUAAAAGUGUUUGUGCUUGUGCUGGUACGGAUGGGGAAUGGCGUAGCAAGGUGCAAGUUCAUUAAUUAAUUAUGUAGAUUAUCAAAGCUAUUGUUCGCACAAAGAUAAAUCGCUGUGAAUAGUAAAAAGUGCAUGCUUAUUCUCACGUGGCGCGAAGAAAGUUUUCUAGUUAUUGUGAAAGGUGUAACUACGUUGAUAACUUCGUGUUUCAACGUGAAUUUUUGUGUGCAGUGAUGAUUCCGUUUAUACGUAUCACGCGUUUAGCUCCAUUAACUUCUAAGUGGCUUUGUAUAACUACGAUGUAAGUUAUUUUACUAUAAAUGUCGCGUGCUAAAACGAGUGAUACAAUGCCUAAAAUCGGGCAUGUGACGGACUUGCGAGAGCAGUGGCUCGUGCGGACCGACGGGGCUCUGGCGCAUCACCUGCAGGACCGGGAGAUCUCGUCGCACCUCUGCGAGAACCGGUAUCGGAACCAGCAGAUACGUGAGGACUUCCCUUUAGCUUUGAACGAACAGCGAGACAUCGAGCACGAAGUCCGACUGAGGGAGCUCGCGCGACGGCGGCAAGCCGACAUCGACUCCGAACUGGCGAGGGAGAUCGCUGAGAUGAACCUUCGUAGACAACGCCACAACCCUGAGCCGCCGCCAAUACCCCAGCCGUGCUCUUCCAGAGCGCUCCCAACUCCCGACAUCGAUCCAGAUGAGCUGGGCUUGUCUGCAGCUGAGAUCGAAGAGAUGAGGUUGCGCUUAGAAAUGGAGGAAAGAGAUGCAAAUCUGGCUCGAGCGCUCAGCCAAGGCGAAGAUGCGUUACUUUCCGAUAUGAAAUGCGCUGUUGAGGCUCAAGACAGUGAGCUAGCCAGAUUACUGCAGCACAGAGAGUAUAAAAAACUGCAGCGGGCUAAGGAAAAAGCGAAACAAAAGGCUUUACUCAAAAAACAGCAAAGGCUGCAACAGAUGCCUCUGCCUGAGCCACCACAGGCCACUCUUUGCGAUGCUUACAGCAACCCGAGAGACAUGAUCAGAGAAGGAAUGGGUGCCAGAGGAAAUGGUCUGCGCCUUUGCAAAUCGGUCGACUCAGACCUGAAUUAUGUUGAGCCAUUCGAGCGUGAACAUAUCCAGUCUAAAGACAGUGCAUUGCUAUCCAAAGAAAUAUCCAAACAAUAUUACAAUCAAGAAGCUGGUACUUCAAGCUCAAACUUAAAUAUAUCACAUAAGCAUUCCAAAUCAUUUGACUCUGACAAACAGAACAGUUCAGUACACCAUAGACACCCCCCACCGCCUCCUUCGGCUGGAAAGAAGCCAAGAUUUCCAGAUCCAGUCAGUAUUAGACCUGCGUCUCAUUAUCCCACAGAUAACAUUCUUACAGACAGUCCAAAUACUUCAAUGCAGCACAGCAUUAGUGACAAUAAUAACAUGUAUAGCUCGACUUAUCCUCCUGAUCACUCUAUGACACAGCAACAGAGUUUUGAAAGGCCAGAUCCAUCAAAAAGGCUGUCAGUAAUAUCUGACAUAACAGCUGAAGGACUCGCAAAGAAGAAGAGCAAGCAAGCUGACAUGCAAAAGAAAAGACGAGGAUGCAAGAUACAAUAAAGUACAGGUGCACUGCAGUGUAUGUUGCGUUCACUCUUAAUCUUAAUAAUUUUUCAAUACAGGAAUGUAGAAUCUCUUUAUGAUCAAGUUCAAAGGAUCAAAUAGAAAACAUGCCCUUGUUGCAUCAAUGCCCUAUAUAACAGCUCCCUUGUCCACUGGGACAGUUAACAGUUAAUCACUCCCUUACUUAUAUGGCACUUAUGACACUUAUAUGGCAAUGCUACAGUUAUUCUUGGAAACACCAUUUGAAUAAACAGUGGCAGUCUUAAUGCCAAUGGAAAAUGGGUCUGCCUGUUUUACCUUAAAGUUCAAUGUUUCUUGCUUUUUGUUGAUGUAAAAGGUGAUUGUUUUUUCCACAAUAAUAAACUUUUAUUGGUCAAUUAAUGAUAGUUCAAUAUAUUUCUACAUUUAUUGUAAAAGAAAGCUUUGUAGAGAUGUUUAUGUCCAGUUUACUUAUAGUCAUAUAUCUACAGGGUGCAUCUAAGACAAGGUCCUAAUUAUUACAAUACAAAGACAUACAAAUGUCGAAUAUGAAGGUAGCCUAUUUUAUUAAUUUGAUUUAGUUUUUUAAAAACUUCUCUAUUUUUUUACAUUUAAUUUGUAUUACUAACCAGUAUUUUAUCUUGUGCUAAUUGUGUUAUACACCAAACCAGUGUAAACAUUGAAAAUAUCAUAUAAACACUUUGCUUGAGUUUGGUGUACAAUUUAAUUGAUUAUUAUAACUCGAAUUUUUUCUAAUUAAUUCUUAAAUAUAGAAUUAAGCUAGUACUAUGCGGAAAUUCAGUCAUAACAAUAAAUAAUUGAUUUAUUUUACUUUUUUAUACAAAAAUCAAUGUCCCAUUUAUUUUAUCCCUUAGGGUUUGCCCCCAUCACCACGUUGCGACGUCGUCAACGGUGUCGCAGUGCGAUGCCUUGAUUUCGUAACUUAAUUAAAAGAUGUGGGUGCAACCAGUAUUUUAUUACGUUCUUUGAAGCGUUCUUUUAAUUAGCCAGAACAGAAUGUGCCUUAUUCUGUCCAUAUCUAGAAAUAUAUUUCUCAGUUUUAUGAGUGAAAUAUUUACUGAAUACGACAAUGUCUAAUUUUGCGACCGUGUCGUGCUAAUUUACGACACGGUAUCGUACAUGAUGUCGUGACGUGCUAAUGGGGACAAGCCCUUAGUUUAACAAUCUAGAGUCAACAACUCUUGAAGAUUGAAGUUGUAUGUUUUAAUCCUAAACCAGUGAGAUUUAGAAGUAAAACAUAUAGAGGCUUAUUUGUUGAUGUUAAAUGAAUGGUGUUACAGUUGGAUGUAUUGAUAGGGAAAUAAAUCAGUUAAUUACUGUUUACCAUAACAACUUAUUUAAUCUUUAGUACCUAUCUUAUACCAAUGAGCCAUUUUUUCUAAUAUUGUUAUUAUAAUUUAUAGGCUAAGGUGCCUGUUUUAGUGUUAAAUCUCAUAAUAUUUUACAUUCCAAAAUGGGUGAUUUUUCUCUUAUUAUUUAUGACUGAUUUUUGGUCUUUAAUGGAAAUAGAAAUGGGUAAUUAAUUUGGGAGAUGAUACACUUAAUUAUAUUUCUUAUUAGACUUUCUUUUCAUUGCAUAAUUACAUGGGUCUUUUAACAAUUAUAAAAAGUGUGUUAAAUUUAAAUUAAGUUAUUAUGGUCAUUUGAACUGAACCAUUUCUCUCUGUGAAUCUCGACAUUACUUAUGCAUAUUUUAUAAUAUUUAAGUAAUUGACAAAAAAUAAGAAGAUUCAGUUUUUUUUUAUAAAAGUAUUAGGUAGUUUUUUUUUUAUACACAGAAACAUUUUUUGUCUGAUUAUUAGAAUGUCUAAUUUUUGUGUUAAUGGAAUGAUGAUUAUUCUGUAAUUUUUUGAAGAUAUUAUUCUGUUUUGUACUUAAUUAAAAUUUAAAUUAGAAAACUCAAGACUGAUUGUUAACAAGUUAACCUUAAAAAACACAAAAUGUAUGUGUUAAUGAAUGCAAAAUGUUCCAAGCAUAAGUAUUUUUAUACACUUCUCAAGAAUUGUUUGAUGUUACAAAUUAUGUUCACAAAAUUAUUUUGUUCUCUUGGUGCUCUUUAUUUCUACUUUAAGGUUUAUAGUAUCUUUAUAAUUUGGAUCUAUUUACUAAUAUUUAGUUUUUAGCAGCUCUCUAUUUAUAAUUUAGAAAUCUCAUUUUAAAACCUCUUCUAGACAUGCAAAUUUUUCAGAUGAAAUUUUCAUAAUGUAGCAUUUUAUUUUAUUAAGAUACACUCAUGGGUUUUUAACAGUAAUAGUUGAGUAAACUAUAAAAUAUAAAAAGUUGGCUACCACACUUACUUAUGGUAGGAGCAUGAGCUGACAAACUUACAGCUUUUAAAAAAUUACGAAGGUCUGGGGUUCACAGGCUUGUCUAUAGGUUUGUAUGGGCAUACCAUUUCUUGAAAAACUUGCAUUUGUGUAGAAGAGGUGUUAUUAAUAUUGGUAUUUAAAAAAAAAUUUAAUGUCCACUGUCCAUGUGAUAUCCAAAAUAUUAGUGAAUCUGUGGCUAAUUUAUAAUGGUAGAUUAUAAUGAUAGAAACUCAUUUUACAACUUGAUAAAUAAUAUGAUUAGUUGAUUACUCUAAGUAAUGUUUAGCUUUAAUUGCAAUGUAUGGCCUUUGUCGUGCCUUAAUGAAACUGAACCAAACUGGAAGAAUGAUGAUUAAUUUAAUUUUUUAAAUAAAUAAUUAUUAUAUCAAAUACAAAA